AUGCUCACGACCACCUUCUUUUGGACCACAACUGCGCUCAUCGCUGCAGUUUCCGCAUCACCGCUGAGCGCCAGACAAGGAUACCACCAACAAUAUCGCCGGAGUGCCCCUGAAGGCUUCACGUGGAAGAGUACCGCGCCAUCAGAUUAUGGCCUCAAGCUCCGGAUAGCGCUUGCCUCCAACGACGCCCCAGGACUCCAGCGGGCUCUUUUGGACGUCUCGACGCCAGGUUCGGAAAACUACGGAAAGCAUCUCACCAAGGAUGAGGUGAACGGCUUCCUAGCUCCGACUCCCCAAGCCCUUGCAGCUGUUACAAACUGGCUAGGCAAUAACAAUGUCUCCUCCACCUCUGGAGUCUCUGGAGAUUGGCUCACAAUCAAUGUUCCCGUUGCCAAAGCCAACGCCCUCCUCAGCGCCAACUUUGAGAUGUUUGAACACACGGACUCGGGAAAUGUCUACGCCCGUACUCUCAAUCUGGCCUUACCCGAUUCGGUUGCGCCUUUCAUCGAGCACAUCUUCCCCACAACCGAGUUCAAUUCCCCGAUGGAGGUCAGGCCUGUCAUGUCGCUUCCCGAGACAAAAGGUCUCGGCCGUCGUCAAGCCGGAGGAAAGGCACAAAGAGGCCCUGUGACUCCUGGCGAGUACCUCGGCUUUCUUGACACCUUUAUGCUCAUGAACGUGAUACAGAAAGCCUGCAAAAGCUCUAUGGCAUUCCAGCCAAGGCUGCGACACAGAAAUCGAACAACAUCAUUGUUCCCGGUCCGUCUUAUAUGUUCAACUUACGACGAACAUGCUUAUAAUUAUUUGCCAGGUUUCCUUGGCCAAUUCGCACAGGGAGCAGAUCUCCAGACCUUCCUCACCAACUUCCGUAAAGAUACCGACCCCCGCCCCGUCGUUCGCGUGCAAACCCUCGAUGGAGGUCAGAACCCACAGAGCGCUCAACAAGCAGGAGUUGAAGCUCUUGACAUUCAAUACACCGUUGGUGUUGCUACUGGUGUCCCCGUCACCUUUGUUUCCGUCGGCAACCAAGUUCAGGAUGGCGCACUCGGUGGAUUCCUCGACAUCAUCAACUUUUUCCUUGGAGUCAAGGACGCUGAUGUCCCGCUUGUGAUGAGCACUUCCUACGGCUUGAACGAAGAGGACCUCCCCCCAGCCCUUGAGACAAAGCUCUGCAACGCCUACGCGGCCCUUGGCGCCCGUGGAUCGUCGAUUCUCUUCGCUUCUGGUGACGCGGGAGUUAACGGCGGUGUCAAGAGACGGCAAUGCAAGAAGUUCCUCCCAGCCUUCCCCUCCACCUGCCCCUUCGUGACUUCCGUCGGCUCUACUUUCGGUGGAUCCAUCGAAGUUGAAACCGGCUCGAAAUUCUCCAGCGGUGGAUUCUCUGAUGUCUUUGCUAUGCCGGACUACCAGACCAAGGCAGUGAACGACUAUCUUGCUCUCCUUGGAAACAAGAACGCAGGGCUCUUCAACACGAAAGGCCGUGCAUUCCCUGAUGUUGCCGCUCAAGGCGAAAACUUCCAAGUUGUCAACGGUGGACGAUUAGGUGGCGUGGAUGGAACAUCGGCCUCGUGCCCUGUAUUCGCCAGCGUCAUCGGUCUUAUCAACGAUGAGCUUAUCGGAGCAGGAAAGAAGCCAUUGGGUUUCCUCAAUCCAUUCCUGUACUCCAAUGCUGGCGCCAUGAACGACAUCACUCUCGGUAACAACCCUGGCUGCGAUACUGAUGGAUUCCCGGCACUCAAAGGCUGGGACCCCGUCACCGGACUGGGAACGCCCAACUUCGAGAAAUUGAGGAAAGCGGCUGGUCUAUAA